AUGGGAACUCUCCGUGACCUCCAGUUCGCCCUGCAGACGAAGAUCGAGGAGCUGCGACAACGUGACGCCCUUAUCGAUGAGCUAGAGCUGGAGCUGGACAUGAAAGAUGACCUCAUCAGACAGCUACAGGCCGAGCUGGACCGUCUCCGCGCCGCCUCUGUCUCGCACAACCCCUCUGGGGCAUCAGAAAACACAGAUUUUAUUGGAACCGGUGCAGCGAUGCCAGAUGAGCCCCAGCGCACUAAACGUCAGGCUAUAUCAGCUGAACCCACAGCGCUGGACCCAAAUCAACUCACUCACAUCACCAACUACAGCAAGAGCCAAGAAUCUCGACAUUUGAUCCAGAAGGCUUUGCUGGAAAACGAUUUCAUGAAGCACAUAGAAGCCAGCCAGAUCCUCACCAUCAUGGACUGCAUGUAUCCCACCACCCUUGCACAGGGAUGCUGUGUCAUCCAGGAGGGCGAUGACGGCUCUACUGUCUACGUACUGGAAGAGGGGCUGGUGGAGGUCACUAAAGGAGGACACAAACUGUGCACCAUCGAGCCAGGAAUGGUGUUCGGUGAGCUGGCGAUACUCUACAACUGCACACGCACGGCCACCGUCAUGGCUCUGACUGAUAUCAAACUAUGGGCCAUAGACCGUCAAGGUUUUCGAACCAUCAUGAUGAGAACGGGUCUUCUCAAGCAAUCAAACUACAUGGAAUUUUUGAGAAGCGUGCCCUCCUUCAAGACCCUCACAGAAGACGUGCUGAGUAAAGUCGCUGAUGUUUUAGAAGAGACGCACUACAGUGAUGGCGAUUACAUCAUUCGACAAGGAGCCACUGGAGACACGUUCUUCAUCGUCAGUGACGGUCAGGUGAGGGUCACCCAGCAGAAAUCAGCCGAUGAGGAGCCAGCGUUCCUGUCCACACUCUCAAGGGGUGAUUGGUUCGGAGAACAAGCUCUUAAAGGGGAAGAUGUGCGUACAGCGAACGUAACAGCCAUCGGUGAUGUGACGUGUCUGGUUGUGGACCGAGAGUCUUUCAAACAGCUCAUCGGUGGGCUGGACAACAUGAGCAACAAAAUGUACGAAAGCGAGGAGGUGAAGGCUAAGUUGGAAGCAGAGGCCGCAUUCUUCUCCAGCUUGUCUCUAAGCAACUUCCGCGUCAUCUGCACGCUGGGGAUGGGAGGAUUCAGUCGCGUGAAGCUGGCGCAGCUGAAAAACGACCACAGUCGCUCUUUUGCCAUCAAGGUCCUGAAAAAGCGUCACAUCCUGGACACCAGUCAACAAGAACACAUUUUGUGGGAAAGACGAAUCAUGAUGGAAGCUCACAGUCCCUUUACUGUCAGAUUGUAUCGGACCUUCAGAGAUUCCAAGUAUCUGUACAUGUUACUGGAGGCAUGUUUGGGUGGAGAGCUGUGGACUCUGCUCAGAGACAGGGGUUUGUUUGAUGACAACACCACACGCUUCUUCACUGGAUGUGUGGUAGAAGCUCUGGCUUUUCUCCACUGCCGUGGAAUCAUCUACAGAGACCUGAAGCCUGAGAACAUCAUACUGGAUCAUCGUGGAUAUGCCAAGCUGGUGGAUUUUGGUUUUGCAAAGAAAGUCGGCUUGGGGAAGAAGACUUGGACGUUUUGUGGAACUCCAGAAUACGUGGCUCCUGAGAUCAUCUUGAAUAAAGGUCAUGAUGUAUCUGCAGACUGCUGGUCUCUAGGAAUCCUCGUAUUUGAGCUGCUGAGUGGAAGCCCACCUUUCUCAGGAGCUGAUCCCAUGAAGACAUACAACAUUAUUCUACGAGGAAUCGACAUGGUCGAGUUUCCCAAGAUAAUCACUAAGAAUGCGGCAAACUUGAUCAAGAGACUGUGCAGGGACAAUCCAUCUGAGAGACUUGGCAACCAGAAGAACGGUGUUAAGGACAUCCAGAAACACAAAUGGUUCGAGGGCUUUAACUGGGAUGGUCUUCGUGAAGGCACUUUAACACCCCCCUUCAUACCAUCUGUGGAAGGCCCUUUGGACACAAGCAAUUUCGACUGUUUCCCCGACGAUACAGAUGAACCGCCGCCUGAUGAGGAAUCCGGCUGGGAUAUUGAGUUCUGAUUGGAUGGACCGAUGGCCACAUGCAGCGGCGGUGGGAAUAAAUAUGGAGUCCAUUCCAAAAUUGAAUUUAAGCAGCAUUUCUAGAUGUGUUGUGGCCAUUUCAGUCUAGUGUCUGUUGAAUUUCACCAAAAUCAAAGUCAUCCAACACUGUGAUAAAAAUCCAGGUUAUCACAUAAAAAAUAUUUUUGAACUUUUCCUAAAGACAUGUAGAAAUAUGACUGUUGUAUUGCUUAAAAGUGAAAAUGAACGUUUUCUUUGCCGUAUUUGAAGUGUGAAACAAUACAGAGCAUUUUUCUGUUAUUUUCACCUGUUUCUCCAGUUUUCACUUUCUCCAAAUAAAUGCAGACAUGCAGAGACAAUAUUUUUAUUUGAAAUUUGGAAGAAAAAUUGUUAGUAGUUCACAGAGUGAAACAAAAUAGACCAUUUUAAACUCAGAAAAAAGAUUUUGAAAUGGUCUCUUAAUUUUUUAUCUGUAUUUUGCAGCUUCGUUUUAUUAGAUGCCUGUGUCAGACUGGAAAAUGCUCUUAAAUUUAUAUAACAAUCAUUUCCAGCAACUUCAACAUAUACAGUCACUACGGUACAUGUACGGUACAUCUCUGUUUUGGAAAUGAUGGGACAGAGUCAGAUAUUUUUGGAAUCAUUUUUUGUUGCAUUAUUUUUAUUGGUUUAUUAUCUUAUUAUUAGAGAGAAAGAUUAUAAGAAUAUUACAGCGUUUACCCUGCGACGUAUAGAAAAAACAGUCAAAUUGCACAUGCUAUUGUGAUGUUGUUUCAUGUCUCAUUUUUGAACGAAUUAAAGAAGUAAUCCAGGUUCAAAACCAA